UGCCACAGCGUCCUUACUAACCAAUGGUAAAUGCACAUGUAGGUGUCUUUUCAUUGAUGCUAUGCAGUCGCAAAUACUGUACACGCAUUGGUAUAGGCAGUAGAAAGUCUUCAGGGUUAGGUAUUUCCACUGUAUGGAGGAGAUCAUAAGGAGAACUAUUUUUCCGGAGCAAUGGACAAGAACAGAGUUUGGAGUAUACUGGCAGACAGAAGAUGGUGUUGCCUCUAGAAGUGGAGUUACAUGCCUAGAAAUAUUCAUCUAAUGUGUAUUUGUAACAGGCACAUGGAGUUUAGAUGGUGGUGAUAAUUGCAUCAAUGCAUCUUCCAGUGGAAAGUGUGGCCGAUUCGGUGGAUGCUUAUGGCAGACAGUGACAAAAAGGAGGAGUUAGUGGAAUACAGGAUCAUCUUAUGAAUACCCUGGAUCUGAUGCCAUAAGUUUGAUAUUUUCAGGAGUUUUAUCAGAGGUGCGUUUGGAUUAUGCAUCAUUCGCACCUGUUGGAGUAGAAUAUUCAUGAAGUGGUCAAUAUGACUGAAUUGGGUCGAUACACACAGUUGCAGUUAACAUAUUACAUUUACUCGGAGGCACGUCAGUUAGUGAUUCUGAACCAAUGUUGAGCAUCCAGUUUGCCAAUUUGGAAGAACAUUCACAUCAUAAAUUGUUUGCCAUCAAUAUUCUGGAUGUCCAGUUGCAUGCACUGACCUACCCUGAUGUCUGUCAGUACAAGUUUUUAAAAAUGCAAAUUUGAGCUUUUUUGAGCUGGAGUGGGAAGAACACAAGAAAAAAAAUGCAGUUCACUACAUGUUUCUUUUACAAAGUAAGGACAGGUCUCCAGGAUCAUGACAUCUUGUUUACUAGUUCUUGAAACUGCAAAGUGGAAUAUUUGUACUGUGUUCUGACCUAAGUGAAAGUUGGCAAACACAGUGAGCAAACAGAAAACUCAAUUAUGCGACAAUUUCACAGGGGCAAGUGUACACAUGGAAGAGCUGAACACACAAAAAGGUACACAGUUUUCUGAAGAUGAACCAUGGAUUUUUAAAAAACUUACUGUGCAUCCAGAAUAUCAGUGAGUUUCAAUUCGCAAUUGACACAGUGGAAAUGAACAUUAAAUAUAAGCAGAGGGAAUAGAACAGUGCUAAAAUUUAUAUAAACAAUCAAAGUGCUUGUAAAGGAUUUAAGUUUGUUAAAAUGAAUCAACGACCACGCCCUCACUCGUCGGGAAGCCCCGAGCAAGCUAAGUCCAUGCAGCAACAUGCGGACAUGGCCAAUAUCCCAGAGAGUGGACCAAAGAUGGUGACAUUGUUGAGGGUUUCUCCACGGGAUGCAUCAGUGUCAAGCCGGCGGCAGCGUUCGAAAACGGCCUUGCAAGAGAAAAAGUCACAGUAUCUUGAAUAUGCCUCCCAGGUUGAGGAGCGGCGCCGGCAGUCACUACAAGCUGGCCGGAAGGCUGGCGGCCAGAAUCAUGGGAGCAGGAAUAAUGUCGCAAGGACCAGAAAUGGUGCGGGAAGGGAGCCAGCCAAGAAUCCACAGUUAGCAAACCGUCCAUUAUCCGAGGCACAGAAGCCAAGACAACCUCCGUCGAAACCGCAGCGACAUUUUUCCCAGAGCCCUCCAAGACAGGUAACAAGACAGCCUGACCGACUCCCAAACGGCCAAUAUCAUGGACCCCAGAACCAUCGACAAGAGAACCACCCACAUGCAAAAAACAAUCAACGUAUCCCUCCCCAGAUGACAAAGCCUCAGGAGUCUUCAACUCCAAAACGCCAACCAAGAAGCUUGUAUCCAUUACCCCCUUCCACAAACCGCUUACAAACACCCUUAGCACCUGUUAGGACUUCCAGAUCUCCAAACAGACCUCCAAGUCAACAGCCGACCAAAGCCAAACCGGACUCAUCAUUGACCCAGGUCAAAAUUCGAGCAGAAGUUCAUACAACCACGCAAUCAAGCAGUUCCACCUCUCCGCACAAUUCACUGCCUGUGGGCUCCCUGCCACCAGGGGACAACUCAAUUUUGUCCUGGUUUGACAAAAUGGAGGCACAGGACAGUGUCUCAUAUUCCUUCCCUCCAUCUGCUCGCUCACAAAGUAAUGGGCCACAAAGUAGAGGCUCUGCCAGUAAAGUUGAACUCCGUAAUGAUUUGAAACAAUUUGAGAUGAGCAUGGACACUAGGAGACGCGUUAGUUCCCCUGAAGCGAGAAGCAACAGAUCCCGGUCAGAUUUGAAAUCACCAACCUCUGGCAUCCCAGUAGCUCAUGAAAGGCGAUCCCGAUUGGACAAUUUUGCAAAAAGUCAGCCUGUAUCCAAAACAUCAUCCCACGCUUCCCUAAGCCAACAACAAGCUAAACCAAGCAAAAUCCCUGUGAAGAAAGAAUCAAUGGUCAAUUUAAGACAUGAAGCACCCAGAAGAACUAAGACUGUCUCCGAUCCUGAACCCCCACUGCGGCAGAGGAAAAGCCAAAGUCCUGUUAAGAUUCCAGCGACUACUCCAAGUGCCAAAUCAAAAAUUCCGUCCAUGGGUUCAGAGGAACCCAGACCCAAACAAUCCUCCCAGCAUCCAGGUCAUUCCAGAGAAAGUCCUGAGCCCCAACCUCCUCCUAGACACCGGAAAGGCUCUCAAGAUGGCUCCGUGCAAAACAGGACAAAGCAAGGCCAGAAACAACCAAGCUCAUCUGAAAGAAAUGGAAAAUCUUCAGUCAUUUCCUCAACAAGUCCUAAACAAGACGAACAAUCCCAGAGCAAGCAUUCUGGUAAAGAAGCAACAGAAACAUCAUCAGCUAGUCACAGCAUCAACAGUGACUCUCUUGAUCUGACACCUAGACGACCAAUGAGUACCUCACCACGGCAUCAAGAGCUCCGUCGGAGACUGAGUGAGAUCCUGAUGGAACGUCGAAAUAGAGACAAUGGGACAUCUGAUGCCAUCAGAAUUCCCACAUCACCCAAGAGAGAAGAGUCUUUGCCAAGUGAGGUGGAAGGAGGUGAUGUAAUUGAUAAUAUGCUGGAUUCUACUUUGGAGCAGGACUUCAAAGGAGAACUGAAAAGAAACUUGGCCCGGCGCAAAAGCAAACUUGAUCAAAGUUUGAAAGAAACAGGCCCGGACGUUUCUUCUGUCGGAGACGGAGCAUCCAAGAUAGAGAAAGAUAGUCAGACACCUGAUGUCAAAGCAACUAAGAAGAUUGAGUUGGAUAAACAGACUCGUGAUUCGGGUCUAGGAGCAAGUUAUGAAUCACAAUCCAAUCAACUCCCAGAUGCUGCUAUUGGGGGCAUAGCAUCAGGACAUUCAUCAAAAUCAAGUGGAGAACAGACUUCGCCAAAAGAAGUUGAAUUUGUCAUCAGCGAGUGGUCUGAUGAAAGCGAGGCUGUACAACCCACAAGAGUAGACUCUCCACCAGCUGUUGAUGGCGAUGCACCAAGCACCUCAAUUCGUUUAUCCCCGAGUCCGCCACCACCUGAUGACUCGCCACGGGACGAUCCGAAACGGAAGGUGCGCUUGAGAAGAUGGAGCAUAAGCAGCGACAGCGGAGAGCGCCCUCAUGUAGCGCAAAGGCCAGUGUCGUACAGCAAUGAGAAUAAACCGGAGACGUCGACAACGAGCAUUCUGUCGUCGAUGAAAGUUGGGAUAUCUGUCCCCGAUCUCUCUAGUAGGACCAGCUCGGAUGAUCUCAUGGACAGGGAAUCAUCUCUGGAUGAUAGCAGUGGCCUCUUAAAUGUUAAAGACAUUGAGGAGGAGAUUGAGAAAUCUUCCAGUGCCAACACCUCUUCCGUCCAAUCCACACCUUGCCGGUCCACCGUGUCCCAAGAAGUUGCAACGCCGCAAGCCUCAUCUCCAAGCCAGGACUUCGACGAAGACUCCCUCAACUCGGUCCCCAGUUCUCCUCGUAGGAUAACACCGCCCAACGAGCGUUUGAUACAAACUCCCCCAUCCCACCUUUUGGAGCGCAGCCACCAGUCACUCCGUCAGUUACCCGUCAAAGUACUUCCAACUUCUCCGCGAGGUGAAACCCAGCCCACUUUCUCUGAGGAUCACGACAUGAGCAUCAUACUCCCAUCCCCACCGACAACCCCAGCCCAACCAUCCCAAUCUCCAACGGAUUCAAACCAGAAGAAGUCCCGUUAUCUCAAGAUCACUGGAAUGCAGCUACUUCCACAAAAACUCCAACUCCUUGGCUCUAAGGACAAAUCUAAAUCCAAUCAGGUUGACGAAACCGACAGACAGAAACAAGGACUGUACAAAAAAUCAGAGUACAGAGGGAGGGAUAGCUCAAAAAAGGAUUUUUCAAUAUCGGCGUUUGCUAGGUCGAAGAAGAGGAGUGCAUCUGCAGAUGGGUUCUUCCCAAUCCAGAGGGAGAGAUCACCAAGCCCGUUGGGUCUCCGGGGUUUUGGAACCCCCAGCAGACAAGGCAAGUUGAAGGACAGACGUGGCCGACAGAAGAUGUUAACCCCACCCGGCAACCACGCCUUGAAGAUGCCACGCCAACCCAGACCCCAUCGCAUGCAUACCAUCCUGGAGAGCCUCAAGAAAGGCUUGAAGGAUACAAUAGAAGUUAGCAAAGAAAAGCUGACGGUGAUGGAAGAACAUCAACACGAUCCAAACUCCACCUCAUUCAGACAGGGCUUUCAUUACAACCUAGAGAAACAAAUUAAAGUUGCAGAAAGAUAUAUAAGGAAAUUACAAUUUCACCUUGCCAAAGUUGAAGAAGUCCAUGAGCAGUACGACAAGGAAUUGAAAGUUAGAGAAGGUGCUGUGAAUGUUGUCAAAGCCUAUGCAGACACAAACCUCCCCCAUGCCAAAGAACCUUGCAGUGAGGCCAAAGCAGGCGUCAGAGAUUGCACACAGAGUCUGUGUCAAAUGGAGGCUGAAUUGGAGGCUAAUCUAGGUGCAUUUGUUGUCAGAAUAGAUGGUAUCGCAGGGUUCGCCAGGGUAUGUCGCGGAGACAUCUUUGAGGUCGUCUUCAAAUACGGGUUGCAGAAAUGGAGAAUGAAGUGCAAAGUGGAGAAAGACUUGAGCCAGAGUUGGGACAUCGAUGAGAUCGUCAUGUACCCAAUGCUAGCUGACUUCUUGACGAUAAAGGUAACUGAAAUGAGGGGCAUUGCAAGAUCCAACAUGGUCAUCGGCAAUCUGGAGUUUGAUACCUCAGAUUUCUACCAAGCCGACCCCCAGACGCUGACGAUAGACGUUAACGAGAACGGGACCAUCAAACUCAAUCUUGUUGUCACAUGGAGUCCAUUCCAUAUCAAUGAGGAAAUGUACAAGAGUCCUAAGAACUCAUACAGUCGAAGAGAAAGGGCCUUCACAGAAUCUGUCAUCAGUACUUCGAAAACAUUCAAUAACAGCGUCAAAGAGUCUCCAAAAUCGCCCAAGAAGUUCCUGCCUAAGACGUUAGACUUGAACACGUCCAGACUAACAUUGACGUUAGAGGAAGCCAUGCACAAUGUGACCAGGCUACUAGAGAUCUUGAAGGGACAGUACACAGAGUUGGAACUACUGGAGAAGCAAGUUGGAAGUCUAAAUGACCUUCUAAAGAGGAUUCGCGAGCGUAAGAAGAGAGAGUCGACGAUGAGUAUACAGGUGAAGACUGCCCUCGAGAGUUUUGACUUCUUGAACGAGGUCGAUGGAGAUGAUGGUCCCAUCGACAGUGGUAGCGGCAGUAUGGAUGAGAACAGAUCUAGUUUUGCGUCGGAUGAGUUCUGCAAGUCCCAAUCCUCCGACAGACUCAGUGACUGCGCCAGCCUGGAUGAUGCCCUCCCCCGUUGUGAUUCCUCCCCCUCCCUCCCCUCGUACUCUUCCCCUUCCCCCCUCCCCCAGAACCUCCCCAUGACCCGGGCCAACCGCGGCUCCCGUAUCAUCAACAUGAGCGAGAAACGCGAGAGCCGGCUGAUCGAGAUGAACGAGCAGCGCGAGCGACGACUGGUGGACUCGCCGGGGGAGACGUGUUGGGAGGAAGGUUCCGAGACCGGCCCGAAACUUACAACAAACAACGACUCCAUUGAUAUGGUGCUAGUCCAACACCUGAUGUACAUUGAAUACUUGCUGAGCCACCUUGGAGCUUUUGGUCCCUUGAAGUUGAAGGAGACUGUCGCCUUACAGAAGCUCAAGAAGCAAGCAGUAAUCAUUGAGCAGCUACUAGUCCUGGCUGUCACCAGCACACCUAUCACAAGGGCGGAUGAUGUGUUCCCCGAGUUGAAGCUGAACCCCCUGCUUCUGGAGUUCUGGCAGCACUGCGCAGAGAAGGAGGCCCUCUAUGUGAACGCUGAGUCGUUCCUGCUUCAACUGGACGUCAAAUUCGGCGCCAAACUGAGGACCAGCCAUCCCGACAUAGCUGAUGAUGUGUUCCAAAGCCUGUGCAAUAGAAUCAUUGAGAGACCGGUGGACCUGUAUCAUCCGAAGACCAUCAUUAGUCUCUUCCAGUACAUUGGGUUCUUUGCCACCGACGACCGGAAGAACCCGGAAAAGUUCAUCAACGACCUCACCAAAGAUUUCGAGUUGACGGCCAGUUUGGAGCCCAGCAACCCUGAACUUCUAAAAGUUAUGAAGAAGCUUCCAAAAGGGUCACUACUGUCCACCGGCAACUUGCGCGCCCUCGGGUUACUGCUGCUAGAGGACCGUGCCACUAUACAGAUGGGGGUCAGGGUAUACUUGGAGUCCCUUGGAGGGGAUGAAAAACUGAGGAAAAAGGCUGUCAAUGUGUAUUUGGAGUGCUUAGAGGAGAGAGAUUUGUCGUUACGUCAGGCCGGGUGUGCUGCAAUCGCUGCUUUGAAGGCCAGGGAGGCUUUGGAUCAGCUGUUAUACCUCCUGCGAUGUGACAUGGAUGAUGUCAAAUCCACGGCCAAGGAAGCACUUAUGGCAUUCGGUGAGGAAGGCAAACAAGCCUAUGAGCAAAUAUCCUACACACCCUACGGCCAGUACAACCACGACUACUCAGAAAUUGAUGUCCCUCUAAUGACAACGGAACUGUAGCCACGUGCUCACGUCAGCUAAGUAAAUAACACUGCUGCUGUUCCAUGGAUAUACCUCAAUUUGGAAGAGUUUUUUUCCUUAAUCAGCAUUAUGUUAAAGGUAAUAUACAACAUUUGCAAACGUCACAAAACAAAACUACCAAAUUAGUAUGAAAUACCUUACUUGACUGUAAGUGAAUAAUAGUCUCAAGCAUCCUGUGAAAUCAUGGCACCUGGUUUACUGUCAUUUCCGAGAAAAGUGGAAAUUUUGUAUCGAUUUCCAACGAUGGUCGGC